UUCCGGCGACAGCGAGGUAGGGUUCCGGCGGCUAUGGCGAUGGCGGCGGCGAGGAAGGCGACGUCCAGCACCGCGGCGCGUUCGGCGGCGGCGAGGUUCGGCCAGACGAGGCCCCGCUCCUCCGGCACCAGGGCCUCCAGCGUCGGCGAGGAGGAGAAGCUUGCUCGUGAGGCGGUUGGGCGCGAGAUCCAACAGAAGAAGGAGGAGCUCUACGACGUGAUCGCCAAGGCAGAGCAGAGUUUUGGGACUCGCAGCUUCCAGAACAUGCGCCUACUCCAGCACCUCUCCGUGCAAGUCAACCCAAGGCCGUGGGACUGGGAGUGGCGCCAUCGCCGGUUUUCGAGGAGGGUGAACAGCGUGCUGGAGAUAGCAGGCUUCUUCUCGCUUGGUUGCAUGGUGUCCCACUGGUCGAAGGAGUACAAGAAAUUGCGUGAAGAGCUCCGUGUGCUGAAGGAAGAGCAGGAAGCAGGAGAAGGAGGUCGCCUGAUGUCGAACUAGGAUUGCUGCAAGAGUACAAUCUGAGAUGUUGCUUCUGGCAAUGACGGGCUAUAAUCAGGCCGGGCUGGUAGUAGUAGUAAGGCAAGACGAUUAGAUAAAACUGAUUGGAUGAACCCUUGUGGGUAUGUUGAUGUUGUUCCCGAAUGGUUGGUGGAAUUUGGAUGAACCUUUGUGGGUGAUGUUGCCGGUUUAUUGUUUGAUGACUCGUAUGUAGGUGGUACCUUUGCACUAAAUAUUUAAAAAAAGAAAG